GUGGGGGACACGAACCGUUCCAGUUCUGAGGCCCAGUUCUUCCUGAGGCCUCUGCGCUGCUAUGGUGAUCGAAAUUCCUGGAACACCAUUGCCUUCCACACUGGGGCUGCACUGCGCUUUCCCCCAAUCCAGGCCAACCACAGCCUUGAUGUCUCCUUCUACUUCAGGACCUCGGCUCCCUCAGGAGUCUUCCUAGAGAAUACAAGGGGCCCUUACUGCCAGUGGCGCCGACCUUACGUGCGGGUGGAACUCAACACAUCCCGGGAUGUGGUCUUCGCCUUCGACGUGGGGAAUGGGGAUGAGAACCUGACGGUGCACUCAGACGACUUUGAGUUCAACGAUGACGAGUGGCACCUGGUCCGGGCUGAAAUCAAUGUAAAGCAGGCCCGGCUCCGCGUGGAUCACCGGCCUUGGGUGCUGCGGCCAAUGCCCCUGCAGACCUACCUCUGGCUGGAGUACGACCAGCCCCUCUAUGUUGGAUCUGCGGAGCUUAAGAGGCGGCCCUUCGUGGGUUGCUUGAGGGCUAUGCGUCUGAACGGAGUGACUCUGAACCUGGAGGGCCGUGCCAAUGCCUCUGAGGGUACCUCGCCCAACUGCACGGGCCACUGCGCCCACCCCCGGUUCCCCUGUUUCCAUGGAGGCCGCUGCGUGGAGCGCUACAGCUACUACACCUGUGACUGUGGCCUCACGGCUUUUGAUGGGCCAUAUUGCAACCACGACAUUGGCGGUUUCUUUGAGCCGGGCACCUGGAUGCGCUAUAACCUCCAGUCAGCGCUGCGCUCCGCAGCCCGCGAGUUCUCCCACAUGCUGAGCCGGCCAGUGCCGGGCUACGAGCCCGGCUACAUCCCCGGCUACGACACUCCCGGCUACGCGCCCGGCUACCACGGCCCUGGGUACCGCCUGCCUGACUACCCGCGGCCUGGCCGGCCGGUGCCGGGCUACCGUGGACCUGUCUACAAUGUCACUGGAGAGGAGGUGUCUUUCAGCUUCAGCACCCACUCCGCCCCCGCCGUCCUGCUCUACGUCAGCUCCUUUGUGCGUGACUACAUGGCUGUGCUCAUCAAGGAAGACGGGACCCUGCAGCUGCGCUAUCAGCUGGGCACCAGUCCCUACGUGUACCAACUAACCACCCGCCCCGUGACUGACGGCCAGCCCCACAGCGUCAACCUCACCCGGGUCUACCGCAACCUCUUCAUCCAGGUGGACUACUUCCCCCUGACAGAACAGAAGUUCUCACUGUUGGUGGACAGCCAGCUGGACUCACCCAAGGCCUUGUAUCUGGGGCGCGUUAUGGAGACGGGAGUGAUUGACCCGGAGAUCCAGCGCUACAACACACCAGGUUUCUCGGGCUGCCUGUCUGGUGUCCGAUUCAACAAUGUGGCUCCCCUCAAGAGCCACUUCCGAACACCUCGACCCAUGACCUCGGAGCUGGCUGAGGCCCUUCGCGUUCAGGGAGAACUGUCUGAGUCUAACUGCGGAGCCAUGCCACGUCUCGUCUCAGAGGUGCCACCUGAGCUGGACCCCUGGUAUCUGCCCCCAGACUUCCCAUACUACCACGAUGACGGAUGGGUUGCCAUACUUUUGGGCUUUUUGGUGGCCUUCUUGCUGCUGGGGUUGGUGGGAAUGUUGGUGCUCUUCUAUCUGCAAAAUCAUCGCUACAAGGGCUCCUACCACACCAAUGAGCCCAAGGCCACUCACGAUUACCACCCUGGCAGCAAACCUCCCCUACCUACUUCAGGCCCGGCCCAAGCCCCAGCCCCGGCCCCAACACCAGCUUCUACCCAAGUUCCAGCCCCAGCCCCUGGCCCCCAGGACCAAAACCUACCCCAGAUCCUGGAGGAGUCCAGAUCUGAAUGAAUCAGGAGAAGGGCUUCAGGGACCAAGUCCAUCUCCUCCAAAUUCCCCAAUCCCUGCCUCUACCCCACCCGUCAGGGACAUUUGGCUCCUCUUAGCUGGCUCUGCUCAUCCAGAGGAUUUCCCUCCUGCCAAGUUUGGCGGGCAGAGCUACAGAUGGGACCAAAGGGAGUGGCUGGGCCUCACUGCCUAAACCAAUGUCCUGCCCAUCCCCAUUUCUCCAGGCUCCUGGCUGUUUGCCUGCCCCAAAGAAGCCUCAUGGGGUUAAGACAGGCCCUUCCUGCCAUCCCUGUCCCAGCUGCUGCCAGGGAUUAACAACGGAGUGCAGGGGAGAUUAACUGCCUCCCUUCAAAUAUUCAAUCUCAGCAGGGACAGAUGUGCGGGAUUGCAGGGAUGCACGGGGUAUGGGGGGCGGAGGCUGCUAAGUCAUACCCCCCAGCCUCCCCCUCCCCUGUAGAACAUCUGCUUCCACUCAGUUGGGGAUUAGGGAGGGCUUCGCUGAUGUCUCCCACCCCCGUUUUUUGUUUUUUACAGAGACCGAGAGGCCUCAGCUUAGCACCUUAGUACCUCCACUGCUUUACAUGCUUUAGCCAAAGCCAUAAAAAACUUGCAAUGUAGAGAGAAUAACGCAGACACACUGACUAGCCAGCCCUCUACUUUUCCUCCCUCUUCCAAGAUAUGCAGUAGCCUUGGUGCCUGUCCAAAGGCUUGGCCCCCCUCUCCAAUGCAUGAGGAGCCCUCUUUCCUCCGCUCAGAGAUGCUGCUUCGUUUGCCCAGGAGGUCAUGUU